AUGAUUGUUCUCUUGUGACAACCCACGGAGGAAAAGCCUUCAGUGAGUUUGAGUGACAAUGUGCUGAUUUUUCUUCUGCUGUGAGGGACCAAGUACUAAGAGAAGCGACAUGGAAUUAAGUUAAAUCAAGGAACAUUCCUGCCGCUACGUGGACGUUUGGCCUUUUUUUGUUGUUAUUAUUUACGCGUCGCGGCGGACGAAAGUUGGCGCAUGGAGAGAAACGAACUUUCAUUUUUGGCGCAGCGUCUUUUCUUUGUUUCGUUUUGUACGUCGCCACCGUUUGUGUACUAGCCUCGUCGUGUUUCGCUGACGACGAAGUGAAAGUAGUGUCGGACCCACCUUGAGGUUACUUCCUUUGAAGUUGGACAAGCAAAAAGCGGGUAACCUGAGGACGCAGUACGGCGGCUGACAUGGUGGACAGCAAGCCCAUUCUCCAGGACAGACCUCCCGCCUACCACGCCGUCCCCGGGGCUUACGAGUAUGGCCCGCCGCAGCACGGCUACGGGGCUAUCCCGACUCCGGCCCCGCCGCCAUACCAGUACCCAGACGGCGGCCAAGGGUAUCCCGUUGCCCAACCGGGUAUGGCUGUAUCCCAGCAGCCCUACGCCGCGACCUACACUGUGAUCCAGCCCUCUGUGGUGGUGGUAGGAGGCUGCCCCGCCUGCAGAGUCGGCGUCCUGGAGGACGACUUCACCUGCCUGGGGAUCCUCUGCGCCAUCUUCUGCUUCCCGCUGGGCAUCCUCUUCUGCUUCGCCCUGCGUCAGAGGCGCUGUCCCAACUGCGGCGCCACCUUCGGAUAGAAGCACGAAACGCGCCUCAGAGCACAAACAAUCCAGUAUUUUUACUGUCUUUACUAUUUUUUUUUCUUUCCAUGUUACCUUACCUGCUCGCUUUAACGUCCCACGCAGAAAUAUAUAUAGAUGGUAUUAUUUUUUGAGAGGCAGUGAAACUGUCAAUCAUGAGCUCUUCUGAUCAGAAGCGGGAGUAUCUGUGGCACUUUGUGAGGCAUGUGGAUGAUUGUGCAAAGAAAGAUGGAUGCCUGCAGCUGUAUUUAUUCCUGUAUUCAUCUCGGGGGGGCCAUAUUUGCACUGAUUAUUCUAAUUGUUUUGCUUCUCCCAGGUCAAACCUCAGGUACUUUCACCUCCAUCACUGUUUGACGUCUCCCAAGAGUACACAAAAAAAAUGGCUGGAUUUAUUAUUUUUUUGGUUACAGGCCCUUGCCCAUUUUGUAUUGUUAAUAAACAAGACAAUCAAAACAUGUCUUCCAUCCCCUGCAAAGAUGUCCGACAAAUAACGUCCUGUCACCGGAGAGAACAUUUUUGCUUUAAGAAGCACUUGGCAUGCACACUUUUUAUAUACCAGUUUAUGUUACCACAAAUAUUAUACUACCCAAGUUUUGGCGCGCAUUUAUAGACGCUCCCUUGAUUGACUUCCUUUUUGUAUUCAAUUCUGUUAUUAAAACAUUAUACUACCUAA